CAGGCUGCCUCCGGGAAGGGGGCAGCCAGCAGCUACGGCCCCAUGAGCGGUGGCGCCGCGGCGGCCAAGGGCGCGCAACGGGCGGGAGGCAAGGCUGGCUCUAUGGGCCCCUACGGCGCCGGCAAGGACGCCACCAGAGGCAAGGGAGCCGGCAAGCAGGGCGCCGCCGCCAUGGCCCUCGGCGACACGGGGUCGGCGCCGUGGGUCGGUGGGGCCCAGAUGCCCCCCGGCCGCUUCGACGGGGCCAAGUCUGGCUUCAAGCCGAGGCGCCUCUGCAACUACUGGAUCCAGGAUCCGGCGCUGUGCCAGAAGGGGGCGGAGUGCACCUUUGCGCACGGGGUGCUGGAGCUGCACCCCGACUCAGUCGAGGGCUGCGGGGUCAGCCGCUUCCACAACACAGGGCUGGCGCCCACGAAGAUGUGCAUCCACUUCGAGCAGGGUGCGUGCAAGAGGGGCCUGUCCUGCACCUUCGCCCACAGCGAGGAGGAGC